GGUUUGUCUCAGCAGAAGGUACAUACAUUUAUUCAGAAAUUCUAAAAUAAUCAUCUUGAAACUCUGACAGUCCAAAAAAAUACAACAUAUUUGUAUCUCUAAUGCUGUAAAAACAUCAUGCAAUGUUUCAUUGAGAUUACCAUCAUAAUGUUGCCUCGUGUUUUCAGAAACGAACUCGCUUGAUAUAGCUCAAAUAGUAGUCAGUAGUAGAGGUAUUACCGUAAUAUUUAGUCCACCAUAUGUUCAACGUGCGCGUGUCGUUUUUUUUUUUCCCACCCGGCUCAACCAGUGGUUCCUAAAAUUUUUAAAUUCCUGACAUCCUUGCCAAAUUUUGGUCUCACGAGGCGCCCUGUGUUCAAUUUUGAAAUAGUGAAUUCAUACACAAAAUACAAUCAAAGAUUGGGGAAGUAUAAAUAAAACACAUAUGUGGGUCAUUAAGCAACAUCUAGUAACUGCCAAUAGUAGCUACUCAAGAGAUUGCACCAGGACUGCUAGAUGUCACAUUGGAUUACAAGUAGAAAUAAAAUUAUGUAAUAUUUUGUGGCGCCCCUGUUAACAGAACAGGCCUAUUCCAAGGAAAAGCAGCACCUGGGAUGAAGCUAGAAAAUGGUGCCCCUUUAUUAUAGAAAAAGUGCAGGGUGGGGGGGACCUGUAAAAAGACCAUUUUUGGAUACCCUUCUUUGUGAAGUAAAUGGGAUUUUAUAGUUUUAUUCACUAUUAACGUCAUAUCUAAAGAUGAUUUUGGUGCCCUCUUUGCCCCAUUCUCAUGGCUCUGCUCGAGGGAAAUGUGGGCCCAAAAGGGAAGGGGAUAUUAUGGGAUCCAAUUUGCUCGCCAAACAGUCAGAGAGAUGAAAACGGAAAACAUUUUUUAACAUUUCUGUUAUUUCAUAUUUAUAAAUUAUUUAGUGAAUAUAGGCUUGGGGGUUGGUUCUCAAAAGUUUUUGCAUGCAACCCGAGGAGGGGGUUAAAAUUUGAUUAUUUUGGCGUACGUAUGAUAUGGAUGGUCCCUUAUUUUGGGUUUGGCACAGUGUAAAGAUCCCUAAUUGUUCAACUAAACAUUCUUCAUUGUAUGACUAUAGGAAAUAAGACACACCUGCGUUCUGUAUCAAUUUUAGAUUGUAUUUGAACCAGGCGACCCAAUACAGUUUGUAUUUAAUUAAGCCAAUGCCAAGCCAAAUUAAUGUUGUCAGUAUUGUUUGAGAAUGAGAGUUUUUGUGAGAAUGGUUGCAUGCAUCCGGUAUGUCAGGACUUAUCCAGUCAGGGCUUAUCCUGUCAGGGCUUAUCCUGUCAGGGCUUAUCCGGUCAGGGCUUAUCCUGUCAGGACUUAUACUGUCAGGGCUUAUCCGGUCAGGACUUAUACUGUCAGGACUUAUCCUGUCAGGACUUAUUCUGUCAGGACUUAUCCAGUCAGGGCUUAUCCAGUCAGGACUUAUCCAGUCAGGGCUUAUCCUGUCAGGGCUUAUCCUGUCAGGGCUUAUCCUGUCAGGGCUUAUCCUGUCAGGGCUUAUCCUGUCAGGGCUUAUCCUGUCAGGGCUUAUCCAGUCAGGGCUUAUCCAGUCAGGGCUUAUCCUGUCAGGGCUUAUCCUGUCAGGGCUUAUCCUGUCAGGGCUUAUCCGGUCAGGACUUAUCCAGUCAGGGCUUAUCCUGUCAGGGCUUAUCCUGUCAGGGCUUAUCCUGUCAGGGCUUAUCCGGUCAGGACUUAUCCGGUCAGGACUUACACUGUCAGGACUUAUCCUGUCAGGACUUAUUCUGUCCGGACUUACCCAGUCAGGACUUACAGUCAAGACUUACCAGUCAACAAUGUGCCUAAAACAGAAUCUGAGUCAUUUAUCAUUUCAUAUUCAUCAUUAAGUUCAUAACUUCGAGAAAAACAUGACCAUUUCAAAAUGCUCUGCGUGGUGGCUACCUUUUUAUUUUAUUCUAGAAAUGUUGUGAACAAACUUCCCCUGCUAUCUGGAGAUGGUUUUAUGAAACUGUAUGCAGCCAGCAUCAUUUUUAGUCGUGAGCAUAAGAGCAGACCUGUUUACUCUUACGAAUUUGGCGUACAAUGUACGAUUUUGAGGUGUAUACAUGUUUAUUUUUUUCACUAUUAAGAUAGUGUAUUGAACGAUUUUGUGAUGAUAUUGUACGAUUUUAAGAGUUUGAGGGUAAACAUGUCUGUAAGAGUCAAGAAUUUAGACAAAUAACUGUGUAUUGUUGCACAUGUUAAAGUGGUGCAGUUGAAUGCAGUCCCUUGGUUCUAGUUUGAUGUGAAUCAAUGUAAGAACCAGUUACUUAUUUUACCUACAUAUGAAAGAAAAAUACCAAGAAGAUGAUUGUGUGUGUGUGUUAAUGUGUUCAUGGAUCAGUUCUGAAUGUAUACUUAUAAGCCAGCAGUGGGUUUUUUUCAGAAAUUUUCGG